UUCAUUCCUCACGUUUUCUUGGGGCAGAGCCAGACCAGAGAGGAAGGAAACUCGCAAGGAAUCACACCAAAUUCAACUGUCAACUACCAAUCAAGAAACCUUCCUCACCAAGAUAACCCAAAUCCCCCCGUCAUAUAAAUAAUCUCUGCAGAACAGAUUUCAUUUCUUCUUAAAUUAAAGUAAUCUCCGAAAAUCUCUCCUCCUCUUCACUUGAAUCAGUCUAAAGAAAAACAUGAUGCAAGAAAACCAAGAAAUUGAUUUACAGAAUUUAAAAGCAUUAUCAGUUCUAGGCAGAGGAGCAAAAGGAGUUGUGUUUCAAGUCCAAGAACAACAGCAAACCUUAGCUUUGAAGGUCAUUUCAAAAUCAUUUAUUCAAAACAAAAGUAAGAACAAGAAGAAUCAAGAAGAAAAAGGGGUAUCAUCAUCAGAAACAGCAACAGAAGAAGAUAUUUACAGAAGGAUUUGGUUUGAGAGAGAUGUGUUGAAAUUAUUUGAUCAUCCUCUAUUACCUAAACUCAAAGGUGUUAUUGUUACUGAAGAAAUUGUGGGAUUCGCUAUUGAUUAUUGUAAUGGCGGUGAUCUUAGUUCUCUUCGGAAAAAACAGUCGGAGAAAAUGUUUUCCGAUGACAUUAUCAGGUUUUUUGCUGCUGAAUUAGUAAUUGCAUUGGAGUACCUACACGGAUUAGGAAUCGUUUACAGAGAUUUGAAGCCGGAAAAUAUUAUGGUUCAAGAAAACGGACAUUUAAUGCUCGUUGAUUUCGAUCUUUCAACCAAAAUCUCAAUGAAGUCUGAAGAUUUCCAAUCUCGAUCUCCAAUUAAUAAUUCAAUCUCCUCCAAGGAAAUGAAGAAGAAGAAGAAACGGUUCCCGGUUUUGAACUUUUGCAGUGCAGGAAUCGGUUCAGAUGAAUCAGAUCGUCAUCCUGAAGCGAGAGUUAACUCAGUAAGAUCCGAUUCGGAAAAAUCCAACUCGUUUGUUGGGACGGAAGAAUACGUAGCGCCGGAGAUUAUAUCAGGGAACGGGCAUGAUUUCUCAGUUGAUUGGUGGGGUCUUGGGGUUGUGUUGUACGAGAUGUUGUACGGGAAGACACCGUUUCGGGGAGUAAAUCGGCAAGAAACGUUUUUUCGGAUUUUGACAUUAACUCCACCAUUGGUUGGUGAAAAAACGGCAUUGAGAGAUUUCAUUGGAAAAUUACUAGAAAAGGAUCCGACAAAGAGAAUAUGUUUACAGGAAAUCAAGAAUCAUGAGUUUUUCCAAGGGUUGGAUUGGGAAAAGAUAUUGCAAAUCUCUAGACCACCGUUUAUUCCAUCUCCAAAUCUGGUGGAAGAAAAUGGUGUUGAUGAGGAUAUGAAGGUGAUUAAUGGAAUUGAUGUGAAGACAUUUGUACAUAUUGUUUUUAAUGGUUGUGAUGAAGUUGUGGUAGAGAAAGAUGAGAUGAAGAAGAGAAAAGAUCAUUGGGUGGAGGGUUUGAGUAAUCCUACAACUAACAACAAAAAUGAGGAUUUCUUUGUUUUUUAACUAUUUUUGUCAUAAAAAAUUAGAUUAUUAAGUAGGAUGAAAUUAUUAUUCUCUUUAAAAAAAAUGUGAUGAUGAUAAAAAAAGCUUUAUAGAUUGAAGAACAAACUCUAAGCUUCGAUUUCUGAAUUUUUGUAGCAACGUUAAUGUAGUGACUCCUAGAAUGAUUAAAAAUUGGACACUUAUUCGCGA